AUGUUUAACGGUGACCGGAGAUUCGCUAGAAAGCACAGUGACGAAGCGGCAAAGCAGUUUAUGGUUCUGUUGUUGAGGAGGACCUUGAGGAUUAGUCCGGCAAUCGUCGAUCUCGACGGAAAGGCAGAGUCUUUCACUGUGACGGCCUCUUGUUAUGCACCUCCGCCGACGAAUCUAGAUUCGUGGUUUGGAACCCAUUUACUGGUGAGACCAGGUGGUUCACCCAGCUAUCGUGUGACGAAAGACCGCCAUUUUGCUCUGGGAUACUACAAAGAAGGCAACAAUAAGAGCGUAGUUUUCUUUAUGUUAGGUCUUUCCGUUGUUAAAGACGAGAAACUUUCGGUCUUGUUACAGCUAACAUCCAAGACUGAGAUAUGGGUGACAAAUAAGAUUGAGACCACCCAAAGCGGUGUCGUGGAGCAAGGUCUUAGCAUUCGAUAUGAGCCCUGGUCUUCAACUUACUUGCGAGGCAAGGUUCUUGCUCGACGACGAGAAGAAAGUCGUCAUGAUUGCUCUGAAUUGAUUGACUUUAAGACGAGACCAAAGGCCAGAGACAUGAUAUACAUUGUUGGGGAGGACAAUGAAGCCACACAAGUGGAUUUGGACCAGCGAAGAAGGAUGGAUUUCGGGCAGAUAUUCUUCAUUAUUCUCCGAGUUUGGUUCAAAUCGAGCGAGCUGGAGGCAAAAGGAAAAGAGCUGACAUGUAAUCUCAUUCCUUGUUCUUGUCUUUCUAUGUCUUUAUCUCCAGUGAUCAAAGUUGAAGUUUCUCCUUCGUGUGUAACCCUUUGA